UUCAUUUAUCAACUGUAGUCAGUUAAGAUAACAGAUUAAUAUGAAUUAGGAGGUGUUAACAAGUUACUAACUUCUGUUGACAGGGAUUAUGUAGCACGCAUGGGUCUGGGAGUCAUCCUCAACCUGAGUCGCCAGCAGGAAGAUGCUCAGCUGGCUCGCAGUGUCUCCGGCAUCCUGGAGCACAUGUUCAAACACACCGAGGAGACGUCUGUCCACCUCAUCUCCAACGGCGCCCUGGACGCCCUCCUCUUCUGGUGCCGAGGCACAGACCCCACUGUGCUGCGCCACUGUGCUGUGGCGCUGGCAAACUGUGCCAUGUAUGGAGGCCACCGCUGCCAGCGAUGGAUGAUCGAAAAGCAGGCAGCUGAGUGGCUUUUCCCUCUGGCCUUCUCCAAAGAGGACGAACUCAUUCGCUUCCACGCCUGCCUGGCUGUGACUGUGUUGGCUACAAACAAAGAAAUUGAGAAAGAGGUGGUGAAGUCAGGAACCUUGGAGCUGGUGGAACCGUUCAUCGCUUCUUUGGAUCCAGAUGACUUUGCCCGCAGUUUAUUGGACAGUGCAGACUGCAUGCAGGGGAAGACGGCGUCUGACCUGCAGCACCUCUUGCCUUUACUGGAUGGCACAAGACUGGAGGGAAAGUGUAUCGCAGCAUUUUACCUUUAUGUUGAGACCAGCAUCAAGUCCCGUCAGCGAAACACCAAGAUAUUUCAAGAGAUCGGCGCAGUGCAGAGCCUGAAAAGAAUCGUCAUGUACUCCAGUAAUGGUACAGCUUCUUCCCUCGCCAAGCGGGCGCUGACCAUGAUGGGAGAGGAAGUACCAAAACGAAUCCUGUCUUCUGUGCCCAACUGGAAAUCAUGUGACGUGCAGACGUGGUUGCAGCAGGUUGGCUUCAGUGCCUAUUGUGACCGUUUCCAGGAGCUUCAGGUGGAUGGAGAUCUCUUGCUGAACAUCACAGAUCAUGAUCUGAGCUCUGAUUUGGGAAUGACUGCAGGCCUCACGCGAAGGAGGUUUCUGAGAGACUUGCGCGUUCUGAAGACUUACGCCAACUAUGCCACAUGUGACCCAAACAACAUGGCCGACUGGUUGGUCGAGGUGGACCCUCGUUUCCGGCAGUACACCUACGGCCUGGUCCAGUCUGGAGUGGAUCGCUGCAACAUCCAGCACCUCACUGACCUGCAGCUGCAGAACGACUGCCGCAUAGACAACGGAGUCCACAGAGCAAAGAUACUGAACGCGACCCGCAGGCCUUUAAAACCAUGUCACACAGACGCUCGGCCUGCAGGACCAGACGUGUUCAUCAGCUACCGUCGGACCACCGGCUCCCAGCUGGCCAGCCUUCUGAAGGUGCACCUGCAGGUUCGAGGAUACAGCGUCUUCAUAGAUGUGGAGAAGCUGGAGGCGGGCAAAUUCGAGGAGAAGCUGAUCCAGAGUGUCCAGAGGGCGCGUAACUUCAUCCUGGUCCUGUCGGCCAACGCGCUCGACAAGUGCAUGGGUGACACAGCCAUGAAGGAUUGGGUGCAUAAGGAGAUUGUCACGGCUCUGGCUGGUAAGAAGAACAUAGUUCCUGUCACGGAUAAUUUCAUGUGGCCCGACCCCAUGUCUCUACCAGAGGACAUGAGAGCUGUUCUCAACUUCCAUGGCAUCAAAUGGUCCCACGAAUACCAGGAGGCCACGAUCGAGAAGAUCCUCCGCUUUCUGCAAGGACACCAAGACCAAAUCGACGGUCCGGACGGCUCCAAGGGGCAGAAGAAGAAAUGAAUUGACAUAAACGCAGUUAGACCUCAGCUAUAAUAACUAUUUGUGAUGCCAAAAUUCCACAUGUUCUUUGGUAAACCGUCCAGCAGCUUUCCCUGCUCUGCCCAAAUGCAUGUGAAGUGAAUUAGAUUACACGCUCACCAAACGCCUAAUAUCGAUAGACUCAAUCAAGUAUAAACGAUCAUUUAAAAACCAAAUUUCAGAUUGUAUAUAGCAAACUGUAAGCCUUUAAUGUUAGCUCCCCUCAUACUGCUGUAUAUGUGUAAUCAGGCACAGUAUACGCCUUCUGUAUCUCAGGAAAAUAACUGUGAUCAGCCGUCAUUGGCACCCAGCAAACAGCAAUCCACGAACACUUCAGUCUGCGUAAAAGUUUCUUCAUAUGCAAUCAUCUUUUGUUUACACAUUAAAAGGACCAAAGCGGGUCUCAGAUUUUCUGACACGUCUAUUUUCUUUUUAUGUUUUAGCGUGAAAGAAAGAAAAAAAUCUUUCGUAGCAAAUUUACCACAUAACUGAAUAAACGAAUCACUCCAAAAACACAUUUAAAAGCUUCAGAUGCAAUGAAAAAUAUCCAUGUAGUAUUCAAUCUUUCUGUUACUAAAGCGCAUUAAAGUGACUUUGACAUACAUUAACCUACACAACUCAAAAACAGGUUUAUGACUGCCGUACUGCAAUACAUUAAACUAUCAUUUAAUACUACUGACUUGAGAUUUAUUUCACCCCAGUGCUUAGUCUGUUGAGUAAUUAUUUGUCUGCUUGGCAACUGAAAUUUUUUCCUUGUUUAGCACAAAAAAAAAAAAAAAGUCACAUGAAGUGCAAACAUGUAAAAAUGAAAGUCAAGAAAAACAUCCUGCUGUGAUUCAUCAUUUAAGUCCAACAAAUGAACCGCAGCAGUCAUCAGGAUGCGUCGAUCAGAUUUAUUGUUCAAAAAAAUGACAUUUAACUUAAAGAACAUAAUUUUUUUUUGCCUCGCCUCAUAGACUUGUAAUGACAUUUACAACAGUGGUCUUUCCAGAUUGAACUAGAACCCUUUUCUUCAGGGCUUUUUUUCUUACAUUGCCUUAAUAUUAUUUGCCUGUAAUGCUUUAUAAAAAUAUGUAUUACUAUAUUUAUUAAUUGUGCUCUGUGCAUUACUUAACAUUACCUUUUUUUGUCCAGCACUAACAUGUUAUUUGUUACCAGUGUUCCAUGAAAGAAAAAGUGCUGCGUUCACUUAAAACAGAACGAUCAGAAAUAAAACAAGUUGUACAAAAAAA